CCGUCCCUGGGAAGAUGCGCACUCGCCCGCUGCUGCUGGUGGCCCUGUUGAGCGCCGCCGGCGCGUCCGAGGCGGCCAACAUCCUGUGCCUGGUCUACUUCGUGGCGCCCAGCCACUUCGUCAUGUUCGAGCGGCUGUUCAAAGCUCUGGCGGCGCGGGGCCACAACGUGACCGUCGUCAGCCACUUCCCGCAGAAGACGCCCGUCGCCAACUACACCGACAUCAGCAUCCUCGGAAGUAUUCCCUUCUUCGCAGACGAGGUGACGAUGGACCUGGUGGGCGAGUACCAGUCUCUCUCGCUGGCCGUCCUCAACUGGCAGGAGAACAGCAACUUCUGCUCGCGCGUGCUUUCGCUGCCGCAGCUGCGCGCCCUGCGGGACACACCCGCUCACUACGACCUGGUCAUCGCCGAGAUCUUCCACGGCGACUGCCUCGUGCCCUUCGCCCACGUGUUCCGCGCGCCGCUCGUCGGCAUCGUCUCCAGCGUCGCCUUCCCCUGGGUCUACGACAGGGUGGGGAACCCCGACCACCCGGCGUACAGCGAGUGCUACUACGCGGCGAUGACGGCGCCCUUCUCGUUCCUGGAGCGGCUGGAGAACGCGGCGUGGCACUUGGCGCUGCGCCUCGGCGACUGGUGGUUCUCGCAGCGGCCCAUCGACGCCCUGGCGCGCGACUUCUUCGGGCCGGACGCCCCGGCCGCCAGCAGUGUGGCGCGCAGCUCCAGCCUGGUGCUGGUCAACAGCCACCACAGCGUGAACGAGCCGCGGCCCACCGUGCCCGCCAUCGUCGAGGUGGGCGGCCUCCACAUCAAGGAGGUGCAGCCUCUGCCGGAGGAGCUGCAGCGGUUCCUGGACGGCAGCCCGCAGGGGGUGGUGUUCUUCAGCCUGGGCACCAUGGUGCGCUGCGACACGUUCUCGCCGGACAAGAUGGCCGCGCUGCUGGCCGUGUUCUCGGCGCUGCCGCAGCGCGUGCUGUGGAGGGUCGACCCGGCCAAGCUGCCGCCGCUCCCGGCCAACGUGCUCGCGCGCAAGUGGAUGCCGCAGAACGACGUGCUCAAUCACCCAAACGUGCGGCUGUUCAUAACGCACUCUGGCCUGAUGGGGACCCAGGAGGCGCUGUGGGCAGGCGUGCCCAUGCUGUGCAUGCCUAUGUUUGGCGACCAGUUCCUCAACGCCCUCAAGUUGGAGUCUCUGGGAGCCGGCAUCAAGCUCGAGUACAAGGACAUCACGCACCAGUCGCUGACCAGCGCCAUGGACGCCCUCCUCAACGAUCCGAGGUACCGCGAGCGCGCCAAGCAGCUGUCUCGGCUGUUCCGGGACCGCCCCCGGCCGCCGCUGGAGGAGGCGGUGUACUGGGUGGAGUACGUCAUCAGGCACCAGGGGGCGCCACACCUGAGGUCCGCCGCGCUGGACCUGGCCUGGUACCAGUACCUGCUGCUAGACGUCGCUGCCUUCGUGAUAGCAGCUGCGUCGGCCGUUACCGUCUUAACGUACUUGGUGGUGUGCAGGAUCCUGAGGCUCUUCAAAAUCGAAAAGAGCUCAAAGCACGCCAAGAAGAUGGAAAAGAAGAUGAAGUGAGUUCGCUGGGCUACGUUUCAAAGCUUCUAACUGAGUUGACUAAGUGAUAUGGACUACACUGAGACCGUCAUUACAGAAACAAGACUUUAACUUGUUGGAUUCCCUUAAAUGAGCUUAUAAAAUGUAACUUAUUUUUACAAAAAUGAAUACCGUAUCAACAAGAGCCCUUGUUUGUUAUUUACAUUGAAUGCAACACUGUAACAAUUCAAUUUCUGUAGGUUUAAUGAACUGGCAGCUACAGUAUCAAAGUGCUGUGGCCAGCACGGACAGGUGGAUCAUCGAAAAGUACCUCUGCUGCUUACUAGUGGAGUACGAGAGCACUUAUUUCCGAGUUUUGCAUCUUAUUUCA